GUAUUGUUUGUUUGCACGGGUAUCCGCUCACGAAGAGUGUGACCAAAGCGAUGAGUGGACCUCUGAAGUCAAAUUUGUUUUUCUACAGGGUCUUAAAGCUUGUUUUGGUGAUAGCACUGUUUACAUUGCCCGAGUACAGAGUAUCCGCAGUAACCUGUAGUUCUGGAUGGACCAAGUACGGAGAGAACUGUUACCGACUGUACACGUCAAAACUGCCGUGGAUGAACGCCCUGAAGGCGUGUCAGGCCGUGGGUAGUAGUCUGGUGGACGUAGGCUCAGACGGGGAACAGACCUUUGUACACAAUCUCGCCAGAGGGUACGAGUUUUGGAUCAGUGGGUCAGAUUCUUCCACUGAGGGUCAGUGGCUGUGGUACGGAAGUAUUCAGUCCUGGGGGUACACCAAAUGGAACUCACGCGAGCCCAAUAACGCUGGGGGCGAGGACUGUGCCAGUUUACUGAGCAGUGGACGGUGGAACGAUUACCCAUGUAGCCGAAGCAUGGCCUACAUCUGUGAACAAACAACUGCACUGGACGCCUGUGACUCCACAUGGAGUUUUAGGAACGGUAGAUGCUACAAGCUGUUUACGUCAAAAGUCACGUGGUCUAACGCGUUGAAGACCUGUCAGGCCAACUCAGCUAACCUGGUUAACAUUGCUGAUUCCGGCGAAAAUUCCUUUGUCCAUGGUUUACUGAGAGGCGAGAGCGUGUGGAUGGGAGGGUUUGACGGACCGACGGAGGGAUCGUGGGCGUGGUCCGGGGGAGUUUUCACCUGGAGCUACACUAACUGGAAGUCAGGCGAACCAAACAACUCUGGGGACGAAGAUUGCAACAUGAUGUACUCUAGCGACGGAAAAUGGAAUGAUGGGAAAUGUUCUGGAUCACUGCAGUUCAUGUGUGAAAAAAAUACACCUCCAAUAAAUGGUGGAUGGUCAGGUUUUGGAUCUUACGGUUCAUGCUCUAGAUCUUGCGGGGGAGGUACUAAGACGAGGUCAAGGACUUGUACAAACCCUGCCCCUCAGUGGGGAGGGGACAACUGUCCCGGAUCUUCUACGUCCUCUCAGGCCUGCAACACCCAUAGUUGCCCAAUCAAUGGGGGCUGGUCAAGCUGGGGAGGUUACGGGUCCUGUACCGUGACGUGUGGAGGAGGGACUCAGCAGAGGUCACGCACCUGUACUAACCCCGCCCCCCAGUAUGGCGGGGCCAACUGUCCGUCAACUAGUACAUCGUCACAGAGCUGUAACACACAUAAUUGUCCAAUUGAUGGUCAGUGGACCAGCUGGGGUUCAUGGGGUUCAUGCUCAGUCAGCUGUGGAGGCGGAAGUCAGUCAAGAUCAAGGUCAUGCACAAACCCCGCCCCCCAGUAUGGAGGCAGUGCUUGCCCAGGCUCCUCCUCUGCGUCACAGGCCUGUAACACACACAACUGUCCAAUAAAUGGAGGCUGGACUAGCUGGGGGAGUUACAGGUCCUGUACUGUUACAUGUGGAGGAGGGACUCAGCAGAGGUCACGCACCUGUACUAACCCCGCCCCCCAGUACGGUGGGGCUAACUGUCCGUGGAGCAGUACAUCGUCACAGAGCUGUAACACGCAUAAUUGUCCAAUUGAUGGUCAGUGGACCAGCUGGGGUUCAUGGGGUUCAUGCUCAGUCAGCUGUGGAGGCGGAAGUCAGUCAAGAUCAAGGUCAUGCACAAAUCCCGCCCCCCAGUAUGGAGGCAGUGCUUGCCCAGGGUUCUCCUCAACGUCACAGGCCUGUAACACACAUAACUGUCCAAUCAAUGGAGGCUGGGCUAGCUGGGGGAGUUACGGGUCCUGUACUGUGACGUGUGGAGGAGGGACUCAGCAGAGGUCACACACCUGUACUAACCCCGCCCCCCAGUACGGCGGGGCCAACUGUCCGUCAAGUAGUACAUCCUCACAGAGCUGUAACACACAAAAUUGUCCAAUUGAUGGACGGUGGUCAAGUUGGGGAUCCUAUGGCACAUGCUCAGUGACCUGUGGAGGCGGAAGUCAGUCUCGUUCUCGUACCUGCACGAGUCCAUCCCCCCAAUAUGGCGGCGCUUCCUGUCCUGGGGCUAAUUCAAUGUCUCAAGAUUGCAACACGCAGGUUUGCAUAAUUGACGGAAGUUGGGGAGCUUGGGCAACGUGGGGGGCUUGUACAAAGACCUGUGGGGGCGGAAGAAGGUCGCGCUCACGAUUUUGCACCAACCCAAGACCGGCUAAUGGCGGAUUAGACUGCCCAGGGAGCUCAGCUGAUUUUGACGAUUGUAACACAGGGACAUGCCCAAUUAAUGGUGGAUGGGCGGGAUUCGGUUCAUACGGCGCAUGCUCCAAAACCUGCGGGGGAGGUACUCAGACGAGGUCAAGGACGUGUACAAACCCCGCCCCUCAGUGGGGAGGAGACAACUGUCCCGGAUCCUCUACGUCAUCACAGGCUUGCAACACCCACAGUUGCCCAAUUGAUGGAGGCUGGGCUAGCUGGGGGAGUUACGGGUCCUGUACUGUGACGUGUGGAGGAGGGACUCAGCAGAGGUCACGCACCUGUACUAACCCCGCCCCCCAGUAUGGCGGGGCCAACUGUCCGUCGAGUAGUACAUCGUCACAGAGCUGUAACACACAUAAUUGUCCAAUUGAUGGGCAAUGGUCCAGUUGGGGAUCCUACGGCACAUGCUCAGUGACCUGUGGAGGCGGAACUCAGUCUCGUUCUCGCACCUGUACAAACCCUGCGCCACAAUAUGGCGGCGCUUCCUGUUCAGGGGCUACUUCAAUGUCUCAGGAUUGCAAUACGCAGGUUUGCAUAAUUGACGGAAGUUGGGGAGCUUGGGCGGCGUGGGGGUCGUGUACAAAGACCUGUAGCGGUGGAAGACGAUCCCGCGCACGAAUUUGCGAUAACCCAAAACCGGCUAAUGGCGGGUUAGACUGCCCAGGGAGCUCGGCCGAUUUCGGUGAUUGUAAUACGGCUGCUUGCCCUACAGUGGCCGCUGGAACAUAUCAACAGUUAUGUCCCUCUGGGUGGUUCACCUGUCAGUCGGGGGGUAUCACCUGCAUCCAGGAAUCAUUCAAGUGUGACUGUUCAACUGACUGUGACGACGGAAGUGACGAAUCAGCUACAUACGGCAAUUGUACCCUAGCAGCCUUGUGUGAAAAUGGGGCUGGUCGGUUUGCCGUUUCCUUGCCAUUUCUUGUUGGAACACUUCUGAGUGGCCUUUUUGCCUUGUUUUUAUCUUUGAGAUGAUUCAAACAUUUUUAAUAGAGACAGUCUAUUGGUAUCAUAAAAUACAAGCAAUCAUG